ACGCGGGCGGGGAGCAAGCGGGAAUUCCACCAAUUCGGCGGUGGAGCUACAAAAUUGGCAGGGAGCCACUCUGCAGUCAAGUCAAGUCUAUAGUAAAGCGUAAAGCCAAAGCGGGGGCAGCGCCGCCGCCUCCGCCGCCGCUGCACUGCCGAGCGAGACUGCUUUCGUUCAAAACCGUCCGCGAAAUUCUCAUCCACAUAUAGCCUCAUAACCCCCACGGUAAAAGAGAGAGGGGGAAACAAAACCGACGAACGAAAAAUGGCGUCGCUUACUCUGCGGUCCCCUUCUCAAACCGCGUCGUCUUCCCGGCGGCUGCCUCUCCCCCUCUACCUCCGGCAACGCUCCUCCAACCUGCAGCUCGACGGAGCUCCUUCUCUCUCCCGGCGCAUUCGCGCUCAAAACGCCGGCAAAUGUGAUGUAACUGAGCCGCUAGAUUUAGCGAAUGGGAAGCCAACCAUACCGGUUAUCAACGGGAGGACACUACCGAAGUUCUACGAAUCGACUUCGAUGCAGAACACGGUUAACAGAACUAGCUCACGGCUGAAGUUGUUCUCCGGCACAGCUAAUCCGACUCUCUCUCGAGAAAUUGCUAGGUAUAUGGGGAAGGAACUGAGCAAGAUUAACAUCAAGCGAUUUGCUGAUGGCGAAAUCUAUGUCCAGUUGCAAGAGAGUGUUAGGGGUUGUGAUGUAUAUCUAAUCCAGCCAACUUGCCCACCGGCAAAUGAGAAUCUCAUGGAGCUGUUGAUCAUGAUUGAUGCUUGUCGAAGAGCGUCGGCCAAGAAUAUAACUGCUGUGAUUCCUUACUUUGGUUAUGCCAGAGCUGAUAGAAAGACUCAGGGCCGUGAGUCUAUUGGUGCCAAGCUUGUUGCAAAUGUUUUGACGAAAUCAGGUGCUGAUCGUGUUCUUGCCUGUGAUCUUCACUCUGGGCAGUCUAUGGGUUACUUUGACAUCCCUGUGGACCAUGUUUAUUGCCAGCCUGUUAUUCUAGAUUAUCUUGCAAGCAAGACUAUCAGCUCCAGUGACCUAGUUGUGGUUUCACCUGAUGUUGGUGGAGUUGCACGCGCACGUGCUUUUGCGAAGAAACUGUCAGAUGCCCCUCUAGCUAUUGUGGAUAAAAGGCGCCAUGCUCAUAACGUGGCUGAGGUGAUGAACCUCAUUGGUGAUGUGAAAGGGAAGGUUGCAGUAAUGGUGGACGAUAUGAUUGACACUGCAGGAACAAUUACAAAAGGAGCUGAGCUGUUACACCAAGAAGGGGCUAGGGAAGUGUAUGCCUGCUGCACUCAUGCUGUAUUCAGUCCUCCAGCGAUCGAGAGGCUGUCGAGUGGGCUGUUCCAAGAAGUCAUUGUGACCAACACACUUCCAGUACCGGAAAAGAACUACUUCCCCCAGCUCACCAUUCUCUCCGUCGCAAACCUCUUGGGUGAGACUAUCUGGCGCGUUCACGACGAUGGCUCUGUCAGUAGCAUCUUCCAAUAACAAAAAUCCUUCUUUUCCCCCCAUUUUCUCAUUCAACUUAGUGUCGCCUUUUUACUUUUAGACACAGUCAGUUGCUCCUUUGAUCCCUUCCCUUGAUUUAUUUCUCCCCAAUUUUCCCUUCGGCCACAAAUCUGUUUGUAAGAGCAGUUAAAUUGGAUCUUUCUUUGUUGAAUGUUAUCAUGACAUUUUCGUUGUGUCCUAUUAUAUUCAAUAUUCCAUUCAUAUCCCGACGUAUGAUAUUUUGUGACAUUUGUAUCAUGACAUUUUCGUUGACCGUUAAAGAUAACAGUUGACCAGACGGUGGUCAAAGUGAUGGUUGACUUUUGAUGAUGUGGCAAAAAUCAAACAACCACAUAGAC